CAAAAGAUCUCGGACACCCUGUAUGCAUGCGUGUGUAUGGCGCGCAGUCAAUUCACAUCCGCGUACACACCUUCGCGUACACACGCGUGAACGCGACCACCGCCGUCGCUCGCCGUCAUCGUCGUCAGGAUUAGCGCGCGGCUAUAUCGGGUGUAGCGAAUAAAGGCGCGGAUAGCUCGCGCCACCACCACGUCAGAUUCGUGGAGCUUUGUUUACUCCGCAGAGUAAACGACCUCUUCUACAAUGGCCGCUGAGGUUGUACGGUGUUGUGCGGCGACCUUCGCAAAGUCGUACGGUCAGGCCCGCGCGCACCUCACACUCGUCGCACACUCAUGUGCACACAUACACACAAGGAUGCCGCUUUAUCCCCGAGAAUAUACGUCGGGAUUUCGGAAGAGAGGCACUCGGCCGUAAGUCACAGCCUUGAGGAUACUUCGGCCUUCUUCGCGCCACGACGGUGAACGAAUCGAGAGGAAACGAAGAAUUCAGCGAAACUCCCGAGCGGCAUCUGAUGACGCGGCGUGUAUUCAUUUCCUUUCGCGUUCGACUCGGAAUACCGCGGAAAACGUCGCUGCCAGAAGGUCCGCGAACAAGCGGAAGGAGCGAGACAAAGACCGCCGACCGUCUCGGGAAAAAAAUGGUCGCAUCGGCCGACGAGCUUUCUUUCGAGAAGUGCAUGUGGAGGGGGAACCUUCCAUGAAUGAUUCGCGUGAAAAACAAGACGUCGGAGAGGCGGCGCACGUCGUUAGAUUUGUUUACUCCGCUCCCGUUAGGCGUUAAGCGGGGUACGACUAUCGAGAGCACAAAGGACAACAGGAAGAGAACGGAGACGGCCGAACGGGAAAGGAGGGCAACGACGGCAAAACGGCGACAGAGAUUGGCAGGAGGUGGGAGAAUUAUGCGGAGAAUUUGCGCGCUUUCGGAGUGCCGCGCGCCACCCCGAGAGAACCACCGGGGAGUUGUGUAUAUUCCUUGUCCUGUAUAUGCACCAAGACGCACUAAAUUUAGAGCAGGUAACACAGCUACGAGACCAAAAGUGUGCUGCUUGAGUUCGUAUUUAGACGCUAAUAAUGUCGCGGUAUAUCGCUCUCGAGCCAUCGCGGCCCGCCGCGAUCAUCCUCGGUUUCUUUUUCCUUCUUUCCUACGCACCGGCGGAACAAAAUAUCUGAAGAAUACGAAAUAUUUGCUCGGUGCGAGUGCUAACGACAUAUUUAUACUUGUGUUGACAUACACGUCCUUGCACCGAGCAAAAUUUCCAAGAAGUCACAUCUUAAAAACUAUAUAUUUUCUUGAAACCACAACUCUCCCCUUCUCAUAAAGAAAUACAUUACAUUAAAACAACAUUGUUGCUUCUCUCUCUUACGUAAUGAAUUUGGAAAUUUAAUAAGAAUUCGGACUUAAACAAAUAUGUUACCAGCGCCCGCUGAGUAACCCUUAGCGGAGUCUAACCUUAGAAAUUUAAUAUAA